CGCCGUCGCGUUUCUUGCGGGGAGCCGUGACUCUGGUGUCAUGGCGGCUUCCUGUGCGCGUUGCCUUCGGUGUCGGGAGUGGAGGGCGGCCGUGGGCUCGGUUUCCCGUGGAAAGGGCGCCAUGGGGCCUUGGCUGAGGGCCCCGAGAGGCCUGCGCCUGGCCAGGGGUUUGUGGAGCGCGGCUGGGGGGACCCACACAGUCUCUGUGGAAGUGGGGAGCAGAAAAUUGGAAAUCUCUUCUGGAAAACUAGCCAGGUUUGCAGAUGGAUCUGCUGUAGUGCAGUUAGGUGAUACUUCAGUGAUGGUGACAGCAGUCAGCAAAACAAAGCCUUCUCCAUCUCAGUUCAUGCCUUUGGUGGUUGAUUAUCGUCAAAAAGCCGCUGCAGCUGGAAGAAUUCCUACCAACUAUUUAAGAAGGGAACUGGGUUCUACAGACAAGGAAAUUCUUACAAGCCGAGUAAUAGAUCGAUCAAUUAGACCUCUCUUUCCAGCAGGAUACUAUUAUGAUACACAGAUACUUUGUAAUCUUUUAGCUGUAGAUGGUGUCAAUGAUCCUGAAGUAUUGGCAAUCAAUGGAGCUUCUGCAGCUCUUACGUUGUCCGAUAUUCCAUGGAAUGGUCCCAUUGGUGCCGUGAGAGUAGGAUUGAUUGAUGGAGAAGUUGUUGUCAAUCCCACUCGAAAAGAAAUGUCUUCCAGUACAUUAGAUUUAAUAGUCUCUUCAGCCCCUCGUAGUCAAGUGGUUAUGUUGGAAGCUGCAGCAGAAAAUGUAUUACAGCAGGACUUCUGCCAUGCCAUCAAAGUGGGUGUGAAGCAUGGUCAGCAAAUCAUUCAAGGCAUACAGCAGUUGGCAAAAGAACAGGGUGUUCCCAAGAGAACUGUACAGAAGUUAUUCACUGCUCCUGAGGAGACUGUGGAAUGCGCAAAGCAACUCGCAUCAGAAAAAAUUACUGCAGUAUUUUCAGACUUCACUCAUGAUAAAAUAUCAAGAGAUGAAGCAAUUAACAAAAUCAGACUUGAAACAGAAGAACAACUGAAAGAAAAGUUCCCAGAUUCUGAGCCUUAUGAAAUCAUGGAAGCUUUUAACGUUGUUUCCAAAGACAUCUUUAGAAAUCUUAUUCUGAAUGAAUACAGAAGAUGUGAUGGCAGAGACCUGACUUCCCUUAGAAAUAUCUCCUGUGAAGUGGACAUGUUCAAAACCCUUCAUGGAUCGGCAUUGUUUCAGAGAGGUCAGACUCAGGUCCUUUGUACAGUUACGUUUGACUCAUUGGAAUCAAGUGUAAAAUCUGAUCUUAUCACAACAGCCAUAAGCGGAAUAAAAGAAAAAAACUUCAUGCUGCAUUAUGAGUUUCCUCCAUAUGCAACUAAUGAGAUUGGUAAAAUUUCUAGUAUGAACAGAAGAGAACUUGGUCACGGUGCUCUUGCAGAGAAGGCUCUGAAACCAGUGAUUCCCAAUGAAUUCCCUUUCACAAUAAGAGUGACUUCAGAAGUACUGGAAUCAAAUGGAUCAUCAUCAAUGGCAUCUGCUUGCGGUGGGAGUUUAGCAUUGAUGGAUGCAGGGGUGCCAAUUUCAUCGGCUGUAGCAGGCGUUGCUGUGGGUUUGGUUACCAGUCCUAACUCGGAAAAAAACGGAGACAUUGAAAAUUAUCGCUUGCUGACUGAUAUUUUGGGAAUCGAAGAUUAUAAUGGUGACAUGGAUUUCAAAAUGGCUGGAACAAAUAAAGGAAUAACUGCCUUGCAGGCUGAUAUCAAGCUACCAGGAAUACCCCUAAAAAUCGUAAUGGAAGCUAUUCAGCAAGCCACAGUGGCAAAGAGAGAGAUCUUGCAAAUCAUGAACAAAACAAUUGGCAAACCCAGAGCAAGCAGAAAGGAGAAUGGACCGCUUGUUGAAACUGUUCAGGUGCCAUUGUCAAAAAGGGCAAGAUUUGUUGGCCCUGGAGGUUAUAAUUUAAAGAAACUCCAAGCAGAAACUGGGGUUACUGUUAGCCAAGUAGAUGAAGAAACGUUUUCCAUAUUUGCUCCUACACCAGCUGCUAUGCACGAAGCACAAGAAUUUAUUACUGAAGUCUGCAAAGAUGAUCAAGACUAUCAGUUGGAAUUUGGAGCUAUUUAUACAGCCACAAUUACUGAAUUGAGAGAUAUUGGGGUGAUGGUAAAAUUGUAUCCAAACAUGACUCCUGUACUACUACACAACUCACAAUUGGAUCAAAGAAAGAUUAAGCACCCUAGUGCUCUUGGAUUAGAGGUGGGACAAGAAAUCCAGGUGAAAUAUUUUGGACGAGAUCCAACCGAUGGCAGAAUGAGGCUUUCAAGGAAAGUGCUUCAGUCUCCAGCUUCAUCUGUUGUUAAAACAUUAAGUGACAAAAACAAUAUAGUAAUGGGAGGCUCAGUUCCAGAGUCUGCUACUACUACAUCAUCGUAGCAGCUUCCAAAAGCGUAGGAAUGCUGAAUUUCCAAAAUUGUGGACUUCUGAAAGAGACUGAGUAGUUGCUGCAAAAAUCAUUUCAAUGUUUUUUUAUCAUGCAGAUCCUUCUCACACAGGACUAUAUGCACAGGCAUGUCUCAAAUUUUGUAUGAAUAUAUUUGAAUGCUAGGUUAUCGUCAGAUGUGUUUUUCCUCCUAUGGAGUUUUUCCUUAAUAAAUCAUGUAAAAUCUGAGGCAGUGGUUUCUAACUGAGUGGAAUGGCUACCUCCAGUCACUACAUAAAAGAUUAGUGCCUAAUUAAUGUCUUCUCUCUGUUAUUAAGAGGAUCUUAAAGAUAUUUGUGUACAUAUAUACACUCCCAAACAUGGUCAUGGUUUCCUUUUAUGUGUUGAUUUACUUGCAAGUAAAGUCCUUUUGCCAUUUGAAGCCUUUUUAAUUGAAUUUUAUUUGCAUAUUUACUGUUAAAAAUUCAUGCAGAGGUGGGUAGGAUUUGAUAGUUAUAAUGCUGGAAGAACUGUGCCGCAUAAUGUACAAAUAAGUUAUAGAAAAAAUAUAUUUUACAAUUUAUUUGCAGCAAUCUGUAGACUGAUCAAACUUUAGGUUAAUCCAGAGUAACUGCCACCUUAAAACCAUUACAUUGUUAUUAUAAAGCAAUUUCUUAAAAGAAAACUUCAUAAGGAUCGUACUUUAUUUAUGGAAGGUAAUGUGGCAUUUCAGAUCCCAUACUAGAUUAUAUCCUAUUUGUUCAGCAAUAGAAUUGAAUCAAAGGAUGUACAGAGGGGUUGUCCUUUCAUUUUCACUGUUUCAAUCAAUCUGCUCUAGUUGAGGAUUAUCAUUCACAUUUAAGUCUUUGUCUCUUCAUUAAUGUGAAAUGUGUGAUGAUCACUUCUUUUGAGCUGGGAUAUUCAAUGUGGUUGCCACUUUUAAGGCAUUUCUGGUGUAAGGAAACCACAUCUUGUAUGAUAUGUUAUACAAGGAAAUAUAUCCCUGAGGAUUUGGCUUCUUCGCGUGAAAGACAGAAUGUAGUUAAGGCAAAAGUAGAACAGAAAAAAAGACAUAUGGUCUAUCAACUCCUGAUCCAGAAACAGUAAGGAGACACAGCUCAUAUUUAAAAGAAAUGGCAAGUUAAAGAAUAACCUAACAAUAGUACAAUCAAAUGUAAAACUGGAAACAGUCGGGACAUAUGGAAUUCAAUGCUAUGUUUGCUAAAGAUGCUAAUUGUCUUAAGUAAUUCUUAAUUAGAAAUGUUAUGUAACGUUUAUGUACAGCUGCACUUCCUAUCAGAAGUUGGAACUUAAGUGGCGAAUUUGCAAACACUAAAGACAAAAUAAUAAACACUAUAUAAUUCAUUUGGUAAAACCUCAAAUCUCCAGAAGUCUGGUUGAGUCAAAAAUAAUACUCAAGUAUCUGUUACUGUUAAAUUUUGACAGGCAAAUCAAAAGGCAUUCCUGAGUUUUGGUUAAAAUAAACAUUACUGUCUGAAAAUCUGAUUAUUUAAAAGAGAAAAAAAUAGUUAUCCGGCACAGAAUAUAGAAAUGUCCAACUUUCGGUGCUGCUUUGGCUCUGAAACGUCCUUUAUUAGGACAGGAAGUAGGGAGGGAGAUCUUGUAUAUUCAGUAGAUGAUCUUGGACUACCAUAAUAUAGACGUCCCCAUUUAUUCAACAGGUUAAGGACCAGGGCAAUGUCAAAAACUGUAAAGUAGAUCCCAGUCUUUUUUGUUUGUUUGUUUGUUUGUUUGUUUGUUUGCAAAUGCAAGACUGAUUACUAAAUGGUGUCGAGUAAACACACACACAGAAAACGAAGGAACAUGCGGUUGAAAGAGCAGGCCAGGGAUCAAAAGUGUGGUGCAUGGCUAUAAUUUGAAAGUUGAAAGAGCCAAGUUGUUGGAAAACAAAUAAUCUAACAACAAGGGAAGCCUACCGUAUAAGAAAAAGUGUAGAAAUACAUGGAAAUGCAACAAUUCAACUAUAAUUUAAGACAAACCUAAAAACCAAUGGUUUGGUGUCCAUAUAUCAGAUUGUGGCUGGAGGGGAACUCUGGUUAAGAUUGACAGAAUGUAAAUGUGAACAUACAAAAAUUUGAUAUUAUGCCUGUGUAUUUUUGCUACUUUAAGUGAAUAAAAUAUUGGAUCUAC